CCUUCUUGUCUACGUGAAAGAAUAGAAUAAAAUUGGUUGUCUCUCUGUCUGUCCAUCACUUUUUCCACCUUUUUCCCUCUCCCUCUUCUUCAUUUCACCACAAUUCUCGGAUCUUAUCAUCACCCAUCUCUCAAAAAUGCACUCUCUCAAAUGGGUAUUGCUUGUUUUUCUCUGGUUGUGUUGUGUGUCACUGGCCGUGUCGAUGCCUACGAUGGCCCCGGUUUGUGCAGAGGAAGAUAGAGCUUCAUUGAUGAACUUCAAGGCCAGAAUUGUGCAGGACACAACGGAUAUCCUUGCGUCGUGGACAGGUAGCGAUUGUUGCAGUGGUGAUUGGGAAGGGGUGGCGUGUGGCGCAACGGGGAGAGUGACAAGCUUGCAGUUGCAGAGACCAGAGAAGAACAGUGAGCUGUUCAUGAAGGGUACAUUGUCUGCUGCUCUUGGCAAUCUGCAUUUUCUUGAGGUAAUUGUGAUAAGUGGAAUGAAGCAUAUCCGUGGCUCAAUUCCUGAGAGUUUCACAGCCCUGUCUCGUUUGACCCAGCUUGUCCUAGAGGACAAUGCCCUUGGAGGAACCAUCCCUGCAAGUUUAGGUCACCUGCCCUCUCUCCAGAUCCUCUCUUUGAGUGGCAACCAUUUGACAGGCCAGAUUCCGCCCUCCAUAGGUAACCUUAUGAACCUUGUCCAGCUAAAUUUAGCUAGAAAUUCACUUUCUGGUCCAAUCCCACAGACUUUCAAGACGUUCCCUAGCUUGGAAUAUUUUGAUCUUAGCUCCAACGAGCUCUCUGGUGCCCUCCCUGAUCAUGUGGGUCAGUUCAAAAACCUCACUUAUAUUGAUCUCUCAAACAACCAGCUUUCAGGGCCAAUACCCAUCUCCAUUUUCAGCUUGCCCAAGCUUUUGGACUUGUUAUUAAGCAACAACAGACUCACAGGAACCAUUCCAGUCCAAGUUCAAGGCCUCAAAUCCAUCAAUACUCUCUCUCUCAGUGGCAAUCAGCUUAGAGGUCAGAUUCCAGCAUCCAUUUCAAAGCUUCAGAAUCUAUGGAACCUUAAUCUAUCAAGAAAUGGGCUGUCGGAUCCAUUGCCAACCAUUCUUGCAAGCAACAUUCCAUCACUCUUGACAAUAGAUCUCUCUUAUAACAGCUUUGUUUUUGGGACAGUUCCUGGUUGGAUCAGAGACAAGCAACUCUCGGCAGUGCAUCUUGCUGGGUGUGGCCUCAGGGGAGCCCUCCCCAUCUUCAGAGCACCUGAUUCUAUAACUUCCAUAGACCUCUCAGACAAUCAAUUUACAGAUGGGAUAUCAAAUUUCUUGACAAACAUGUCAAGCCUGCAAAAACUCAAGCUCUCAAACAACCAGCUGAAAUUUAACCUCUCAGAACUCAGAUUGCCAAAUGCUCUAUCCUCUCUCGAUCUUCACUCAAAUCAGAUUUCUGGGUCACUUUCUAACAUCUUAAAUGGUAAAACCAGUGGAUUCUUAGAGGUAAUUGAUGUAUCAAAGAAUGAAAUUACCGGCGCUAUUCCAGAGAUGAACUCUGGCUUGGGAUUGAAGGUCCUCAACAUUGGGGGAAACAAGAUCAGCGGCCGCAUUCCGAGCUCAAUCUCGAACAUAGAAGAGUUAACAAAGUUAGAUAUAUCAAGAAAUCAAAUACAAGGAACAAUCCCCACGAGUGUUGGCGCUCUGGCAAAGCUUCAAUGGCUGGAUAUCUCCAUUAAUUCUCUCACAGGCAAAAUACCAAACACCUUGUUGGCAAUCCAGUGGCUUCGACAUGCGAACUUCAGAUCGAACAGAUUGUGCGGCAAAAUCCCACAAGGGAGGCCGUUAAAUGUGUUUCCAGCCGCCGCUUAUGCCCAUAAUCUGUGCCUUUGUGGGACGCCAUUGCCACCCUGUAGAGAAGCAAACGAAUGGAAAACGACGACGAAGCAGUGAAAGCAGAGAAGAAAAAACGACUGCCCAUAACGAGAAUCGCUCGUUUAUUACCGCUCAUCGUCUCAAAUGAGCCCCCACGGCGAGGAGCUAGGGAUCCAGACCUCCGAUCUGCUCCUUAAAAUAGAUAAUAAUUUCCAUUUCUUUUUCUUUCUUCUUCUUCAUCUUCUCGUUGAUUUUGAUUAUAUGGUUAACUUAUCUUGUUUACUUCAUGAAAUUUGAUACUCCUCCCUCGAGGA